AAAGAAUCAACAACAAAUGAAACAAUCGGAGUAUAACGAUCCAAAGGGUAUAUCUAAUAGAUACGCAAAAUUUGAUAUGGUGGAUCCUGAAAAUAAGUUCUUGAAUUGCGCUGAUAUUAAUGGCAAGCUUUAUGGCCUAUACAAUAUUUUCGAGGACGUUGAAGCUGGGAUAGCAUUUAAAAAACAACAGCCUAAACCAAUAAAACGUCUUAAUUCGGUAACUGCCAAGCCUCUUCAAUCAAGGAAGUCCAAAAAAGAUACCAAAUUCUCGAACCCUGUCAAUCCAAAUAGAUUUGAACGCGAAUCACGAAGACAACCAGCUAAGAAUAAUACAGAAAUAGCUGAUGAUUCGGACGAAAAUUUGGAACCUCGACAAUGUGAGGCCUUUACAAGUCGUAUGGAAGGACCCAAGAUGAUGUCCAAGGAAGCCGAUACCAAUAAUCAACAGCAUAAAUUGGAAACUGACAAACCUCGGCGACCGCGAGGAAGGCCCAAAAAGAAUGCCAACUCCUCUACCCUUAGGACUCCAGACCAUACCAAGAAAAAUUUAAUAGAAAUGGGCAAGGAACAGGAGAGUCUCAAAAAGAUUUCAAAGAAAGUAAGUUCUAGGAGUACAGUAGGCCCCGAAUCGGCAUCCAAGGUCAGCGAUUACUUGGAGAACAUGGAGCUGGGUGUUGCUUUUCGGAAGCAACAGCAAAAGCAGCAGCUCCAAAGUAGUCGCCGAAGAUUAGGUGGAGCUGGACCACGUCGACUAGGACGAUCAAAGAACUGCAGUACUGAUUCAUCGGAAGAGGAGUGUAAAAAAUUAGAUGAGCCACCCGUGACAUUACGACGAAGUGCUCGGAAUCUGGAAGCAAAACUCAAGGGGGAGCAGUCAUUGGAAAGGAACUUGCAGAAGGAACAGGAGAAACCGAAUUCUCAAAUGGUAGUGGAUUGGGAAAAAUUAGAUAAGUCAGAAAGGGUCAAAGAACCACCCAACGUAUUACGACGAAGUGCCCGAAUUCAAGCAGCAAAACUCAAGAAACAGGCCUUGGAAGCCAAUUUGAAAAAGAAUCUGGAGAAGCACAGUUCUAGAAAGGCCGCGUUUGAUCACAUACUUUGAGUGCGCCGACAUAAACG